AUUGCCCUUUUACAAAACAAAUCAUUCAGUUUUUGUUUUGCAUUGACCUGGUCUUAUGGAUGAAGCUCCCAAAAACAGACACACCCUCAAUUUAGCAUAUAAAGACGAGCAAACUUGUGAAUCACAAAACGAAAGCUAACUAUUUGUUGAUGGGUAUCCUUUUCGAUUAAAAAACAAAAUGUCAACCUCAUAUCCUGCUGUUCUGCCCUUGGAUCCCAAAACCCUCUUCCAUGCUUGGAAGCGGUGCCACUGGUUGCAGAUCUGGUGGCAGAUGCGAGUAAUUGCUGCUGCAGUUCAUGGCCAUGAAUGGUGGAACUGUGCCAAAAAGGAAGGUGAUGGUGGUGGCAGACCCAACCCGUGAAUCAGCGGCUGCACUCCAGUAUGCUAUCUCUCAUGCUAUGAUGGAAAAGGACGAGCUAAUUCUCAUCCAGGUUGGAAAUCCUAACUCUUGGAGAAGCACAUUUUCCACCUUCCUCAAAAGGCCAACCCCACCUGCGGGGGUUGCAGCCUCUUCCACGAACGCAGCAGGAGGAGGGGACUGGGAUCAUCUUGAAGCAAUGAAGCAUGCAUGUGCGUUUGCUUUACCCAAAGUACGUGUUCAUAUUGAAAGGGUGGCAAUGGAAGGCAAGGGUGAUAAGGCUACCACCAUUCUUCAUUACUGCAAGCUAUUCUCAGUGGAUCUGCUUAUUGUUGGCCAGCGCCGGAGUCUCUCCACCACAAUAUUAGGGUCUAGGCGAAAUGCAGGGCCUUCAAGAUUGGCAAAGGCCACAGAUACAGCAGAGUAUUUGAUUGAGAACAGCAAGUGUACUUGUGUUGGAGUUCAGAAAAAGGGCCAAAACGCAGGCUAUCUUCUCAAUUCAAAAACCCAAAGAAAUUUUUGGCUCUUGGCGUAGCCAUAUCUGCUUUUGGAUUUCACUGUGCCCUCCAUCAGCUUCCCUUCUGCAGUCACAUUGGGGUGAUGGAGUGAAUCAAGGAUUCUUCUUUGUUUCUCAUCUUUUGGUUAUGGAGUUAAUCAUAUGUAUGUAUUUGGACAUGGUUGACUCCUGUCCUUGUCAACCCCCAUAUGUGAAUGAGAAAGCACCAAAAUUCAACUUCCCUUCCUCAAA